CGAGGCUAGCCAGAGGGGAGCCCCGCAGCGUUUGGAAAACGAAGCAGAAGCCGUUGAGUCAGCGGUGUGCCGGUUGGAAGAACCCACACCUGUGUUUUACAGCACUUUGGGUGGAAAUUGGAUGCAAAAAUGAAGCCAGACCGAGAUGCCCUGGAUGAGUAUUUUGAAUAUGAUGCAGAGGAGUUCUUGGUCUCUCUGGCCUUGCUGAUAACAGAAGGACGGACACCCGAGUGCUCUGUAAAAGGGCGUGCAGAGAGUUUCCACUGCCCUCCAGCACAGUCUCGCUUCCCAGGAACAGCCAGACAUGAAUGCAGCGACAAGCUGGCCCAGUGUCGCCAAGCCAGACGAACCAGAUCUGAGGUUACACUGUUGUGGAAAAACAAUCUUCCAAUCAUGGUGGAAGUGAUGCUCCUGCCAGACUGCUGCUACAGCGAUGAGGGGCCUAGCACAGAAGGGACGGAUCUAAAUGACCCCGCCAUUAAGCAAGAUGCGCUGUUACUGGAGAGGUGGAUCUUGGAGCCAGUUCCCCGACAGAAUGGCGAUCGCUUCAUUGAAGAGAAGGCUCUUCUGCUGGCUGUCCGAUCAUUUGUGUUCUUUUCUCAGUUAAGUGCUUGGCUGAGUGUUUCUCAUGGUGCUAUCCCACGAAAUAUUCUUUACAGAAUCAGUGCAGCUGACGUCGACUUGCAGUGGACUUUUUCACAGACUCCAACUGAGCAUGUGUUUCCCGUUCCCAACGUCUCUCACAACGUGGCCUUGAAAGUCAGCGUUCAGUCCCUACCCAGACAAGCUCAUUACCCGGUUUUGACCUGUAGUAUUCAUACUAACAUUCUUUAUGAGAAGAGAAUUCAAGAGCAGGAGCUAAAAGCCUACCAACACCGUGGCCCUGGUGAAAUAGAACACCGUUGUCCCAGCAGCUCACAGAGUCUGUGUAACAAGCACACAUGGACCAUGGCACCUGUGAGUGCCCUGCAUGUAAGAAGUGGCAUGACUCCUGAGUUCACUGCAGCCAUUAGAAAUGUCAGGCUCUGCCCAGGCACAGGUAGCAAGUCUGACCACGGAGCAUCUCAAGCCAGUGUGCUGGGCUUCAGUGGCACCAUGGGAGAAGUAAGGUCACAGGAGGCUUCAGUGAGAACUUUGAAAUCACUCUCUGUGAUCGAUUCCAGUGUUUCCAGCUGUCAGAGCUCCCGGCAGGCAGUGGGGGAGCCUAACCCGUUAAUGGACUCCUUGAUUCAGGAUCGACAAGAAGUCAUUGCCAGGAUUGCUCAGCACUUGAUUCACUGUGACCCCAGCUCCUCUCGCAUGUCAGAGCACCCAUUCAGCACCCAGGAGUCCACUUCACUUGGCUCAAAGCUUCACCGAGUCCCACAAGAAAUCGAGGGUGUGAGAAGAUGCAAAGAAGCAUUCUCAGUCUCUUUUGGGAGCCCCGAAAUUCGCUCCUCAGACGACACCAGUGAGGGGAAAGGGAGAGGGAAGUCGGAAACUACCCAAGGAGAAACGUGCACCUCUCACAGCCCUUACCCUCGCCAGCCUGUUGGGGAGACAAACCCACUCAUUGGCUCUUUGCUCCAGGAGCGGCAGGAUGUUAUAGCCAGGAUCGCACAGCACUUGGAACACAUCGACCCCACAGCUCACAUUCCCCGGCCUGCAUUCAGCAAGCACGACUCCAAUUCCAUUCCUUCUAAAGUGUUCAGGAGUUCAUAUGAUGACAAAACUUUGUUGAAGGUGAACAGAGACAAUGCAUCUCUUUCUGCUGCUCAUACAGAAGUGUCCUUACUGGGAGACAGAGGUGAUGGGAAAAGCCCACAACCAAGUAAAUGCUUCCGAUCUUUCAAAUACAGUCCUCAAGAAAAGUCUCUGAAACAUGAAGUAAGAACUCAGCAUCAGGAGCAUCCCGAUGACAUCAUCCACAGCACCGGGCAGGAUGCACACAAGGCUGCUGGCUUACUAACUUCAUCUAAUAUGACUCUCUGCAAUGAAAGCAACUUGGAUUUGAUUAGCAGAUUGGAAAGUACACCGUGUAAAUCACAACAUAAGGAGCAAGAAAUGAGCCGUGAAAUUGAGAAACAGUGUUCACAUUGCAACAGUAUUGACAAGCAGUUUUGCACAAAUAAAUGUACGGAGAAAAUAAAAGAUGAGAAUUAUAACCCAGGAUCCCCCAGUCAACUCCAGUGUGAUGAUUCAAAAGGUAUUGACUCAAAACUAAAAGUGACUGUGUCGGAAAUGUCUGACUGUUUCAACAAGUACAAAACUAAUUGUUCAAUUAAAGACUCAAAAAGGUCAAAGACAUGUGAGCAAAGCAGUCAGCUUAGCACAGAAAAUGACCUCAGUGAAGAUACUGAAGGUUUCAGAUGCACAGCAUCAAACCAGCUGAAAACUGAGCAGGAGGAAAAAGAGGAUUCUGCAGCUGGAAAACCUCAAAGGAAAAGUGUGAAGCACUGUUUGUCUACAAGUGAAAGACUGAAAAGUGCAGAUGUGUUGAGGGAUACACUGAAGCAUUCAAGUGUCUGGAGGAAACAUAAUUUUCAUUCCUUGGAUGGGACGUCAACCAGAGCCUUUCACCCUCAGACAGGGCUGCCUCUCCUUUCAAGUCCUGUUCCUCAAAGAAAAACACAAUCAGGUUGCUUUGAUCUGGACACAUCACUGCUGCAUCUGAGAAGCCUGUCCUCCAGAAGUUCUCGACCAUGUCUGAAUAUUGAAGAGGACCCAGAUGCUCAUGAAAAGCCCUUUUUGAGUUCGAGUGCUCCCCCGAUCACAAGUCUUAGUCUCCUAGGAAAUUUUGAGGAAUCUGUUCUGAAUUACCGUUUAGACCCCCUCGGCAUAGUUGAUGGCUUUACUGCCGAGGUAGGAGCCAGUGGUACUUUCUGCCCCACACACUUAACUCUGCCGGUGGAAGUGUCAUUCUACAGUGUUUCGGAUGAUAAUGCUCCCUCGCCUUACAUGGGUGUGAUUACUUUAGAGUCCCUUGGUAAAAGGGGUUAUCGAGUACCUCCUUCAGGAACGAUACAAGUGACCUUAUUCAAUCCUAAUAAGACUGUGGUGAAGAUGUUUGUUGUGAUGUAUGACCUACGAGGUAUGCCAGCCAAUCAUCAGACAUUCCUGCGCCAGAGGACGUUCUCUGUUCCUGUUAAACAAGAAAUGAAGAGAAGUAUUAAUAAAGAGAACGUCCAGCACACAGCACAGUUAUUACGCUACCUCAUACAUCUGAGGUUCCAGAGUUCUAAAUCUGGAAAGAUCUACCUCCAUAGAGAUGUACGGCUCCUGUUCUCUAGAAAGUCCAUGGAGGUUGAUAGCGGCGCUGCGUAUGAACUCAAAUCUUACACUGAAUCGCCAACAAAUCCUCAGUUUUCACCAAGAUGUUGAUGGGGGUGGGAGGGGCAAUUUAAGGUUAUUUGCUCAGUGCCCAGGCUUGAACGUAAGCAUUCACAGAAUGGAGUUCAUCAAAUCAGAGCCAGGGGAGUGGCCCUCCCCUGCUGUCCUGGACCAGACUUUAUUAAUGGACCCCUGAAAAUGAGAUCCAUGACUCCAAGUGGACUGGAAGCAGCCGUGUCUUCACCCUUUUCAUACUGUUGAAACCACUUCAUUGGACAGUUGCAAUAGCAAAAUCCCCAGUUAGAUUAGUGUUUACACAUUUUAUUUCUGUUAUUUAAUAUUUAAUGUUUUCCUUAAUACUCAAGUGAUGUUUGUCUCUAGUGUUCUAAUGUAGCACAAUCCUCUGUAAAAUCAUACUAUGUAUUUUUGACAUUAAUGUUGAAAUCUGAAAUAUAUGCACAAGUCUUUAAUUCUG